UGGCUGCUGUUCGCUGCCUCUAGUGUCUCAUGCCGCCGGCACACACCACCCUGUCCUGCUGUAUUAUAGAGAGACGGGAGCGCUGAUUCCGGUGCCCCCCUAGUUGGCAUCUUGUGUGCGGAGGACUGUGCCCGGUGCUGUGGAGCUGACUUCACUUUCUCUCUUCAUCCUCCGAGAGACAGACUGACUUGUGGGGUGACCCUGCCAUGUCCUGCACCUGCUGAUGCUUCACCCACAUCCAGGAUACUGACUUGGCCGAGGAGCCUCUUCCGAGCAGGCGAGGAGCUGAGAGCCGCGGAGUGAGUAGAGGUGCGGAGCCUGCUGGGAGCGGAAAGUUCCGCCGUGUCACCUGUUGUGUGAGCGCCGCACAUCACUGGCGAGGAGCAGAAAGUUUUCCCAGAGUUGUCUCUCCGCCCAGAACUGAUGCCCCAGUCCUCUCUGGCACUGUAGACAGCAGUCAGCCGAGGAGCAGAGAGGUGCCACCGCCGCACCGUGUGCCAGUCCUGUGUAGAGAGCCCCCUGACAGCGGUGUGAAUGUACAGCAUGAUGAUGGAGACGGACUUGCACUCCCCCGGGGUUCAGCCCCCCAGUAACACGGGGCAGGCCGGGGGAGGAGGGGGGAACAAGGCCAACCAGGACCGGGUGAAGCGGCCCAUGAACGCCUUCAUGGUGUGGUCCCGGGGGCAGAGAAGGAAGAUGGCGCAAGAGAACCCCAAGAUGCACAACUCGGAGAUCAGUAAGAGGCUGGGGGCAGAGUGGAAAGUCAUGUCCGAGGCGGAGAAGAGGCCCUUCAUAGACGAGGCCAAGAGGCUGAGAGCCCUGCACAUGAAGGAGCACCCGGAUUACAAGUACCGGCCCCGGCGCAAGACCAAGACCCUGCUCAAGAAGGACAAGUACUCUCUGGCCGGGGGGCUGCUGCAUGCCGGAGGGGGGCACAUGGGGGUAGGUCUGAGCCCCGGCGGAGGGGCUGGCGGAGGAGCGGCAGGAGGUGGCGGGACAGGCGGAGUGGUGGUGCAGCGCCUGGAGAGCCCGGGCUCGGGGGCAUCCGCUGGGGCCGGAGGAUACGCUCACAUGAACGGUUGGGCUAAUGGGGCUUACCCGGGCUCUGUGGCUGCCGCGGCGGCUGCUGCCAUGAUGCAGGAGGCUCAACUUGCCUAUAGCCAACAGCAGCAACAGCACCCUGGCAGCGGGGGGCACCACCCUCACCAUCCACACCACCACCCGCACCACCACCCGCACCACAAUCCCCCUCCUCACCCACCGCCACCUCCCCCCCAGCCAAUGCAUCGCUAUGACAUGAGUGCCCUGCAGUACAGCCUGUUACCCGGGGCCCAGAGCUACAUGAGCGCCUCUCCCUCCAGCUAUGGGGCCCUGAGCUACUCUUCUAGCCAGCAGCAGCAUCACCAGGGCUCCCCGUCCUCUGCGGUGUCCUCAGGCUCCCUCAGCGCCCUUGGCUCUUUGGUGAAAUCUGAGCCCAGCGUCAGCCCCCCUGUCAGCGGAGGAGGCUCUCACAGCCGGCCGCCCUGCCCGGGGGAUCUCCGGGAGAUGAUCAGUAUGUACUUACCCAGCGGGGGGGAGGCUGGAGAUCCGGCGGCUGCUGCGGCAGCGGCGGCUGCUGCGGCGGCCGCAGCGGCAAAUAGUAGACUGCACAGUUUACCCCAACACUACCAGGGGGCAGCCAGCACAGGGGUAAACGGCACCAUGCCCCUCACACACAUCUGACAGAGACUUUUAGGGCAGAUUGACUAUAGAAAGGAUGCCCCAGGCACCCCAGGGCAUCUGAUCACCUGCCCCUGGCAUCAAAGGGCACCUGCACCCUCCCUGUGAUCACUGCCCAGAACUUGUCACUUGUUUCCUUUUGUACAGAAAUGUUUUCAUGUUUUGAUGAUUGUAACAUAAUAAUAAUAAUAUUAAUAAUAAUAAUAUGGAAAAGAGGGAAAGUGAAGGUAAUAAUAAUAAUACUUCUGGCCAAUGUAGACGCUUUCCCUGAUAGAUACCUGGUCCGGUGGGUUCUGUACAGUAUUUAUCGGUUCUGUAGCAUAGCAGCGGAUACUUUGCUUUCUGUUCCAUUCAUUUGGCCCCAGGUUUUGCUGUUUUCUUUGGUCCUUCUGAUCUUGUACAUGAUGCGGAUUAUUUAUGGCUCUAGAAUAGCUUCCCCUUUUAUUCGUUUCUUUAUUUUUGUAGCCUUUCUGUAUUUGUUUUCUUCCCCCUAUAUGAUUUCUUGUACAUUGCUGGUGAAGUAUAUUUUUUAUUUUAGCCGGUGCGGAUUCCUAUUAUGUACAUAGUUUAUUAAACGUCUUCUCUGCUUUAAAAAGGAAAACAAAAACAAAGUCAUCAAAAAGGAUGAGGUGAAUUUUAAGCAAAAAUAAAUUUUCAACUGAAAGAGAACGAAAUGUUUUUUUUUUAUUAUUGAAUACAUUUCCUCGGAUAACUAGAAGGAUUCAUGUCAAUUGAUCGGGGUCACAAAUAUUUAAAUAUUUCCAAAUGCCUUGACAUACAUGUGGUGGGAUCUUUUAUGAAUGAAUUGGAAUGAAUGCAUUCUUAUCCUCUUCUCCAUUCUCAGCAAUUAUAAUAAUUGCUUAUAAUGUUCUUGCCAUGUUCUAAAGUUUUAUUAGAAAAAAAUCCUUUAGUUUAUUUAUUUUUUAAUGUUUACUGCUGCACAUGACAUCGGUUAUGUCCUCAUUUCUUGUCGGGCAUGAUCGUUUGUUUUGUGUUUUUCAGGCAGUAUUUCAAAGCUUUUAUUUAAUAAAGACAUCAGAGCCCAGAGAUACUUUGUUUAGAAUUGUGUAAGAAAUCUAAAGGAAUUCCAUCUGUUCCCAUGAUGACUAGAAAAGUCACACAGAUAGUUUAGUGUCUUCAGAUACCCAGGACCGAGCCGAUGAUAUGUCCUUAUAGUCAUUUUCUUCACAGUGCGCUAAAUAUGCUCAGUGCCCAACAAAACCGCUCCAAUCUGUACUGAGCCCAUUGUAAUUACCGCACUAAUGACUGAUCCUUUUGUGUCCUGUUGGCUUUUCUUACGUGCUUCGUUAAACCCAUUUCAGCAUUUUCAUUAAGGCCUCUAUUAAUUUAAUGAUGUCAUAAUUAAGCUCUAUUAAAGCUGAACUUUUACAUGGUCACAUGGCCUUACUUUUUAUAGUUACAC